AUGUCCGAACCAGGCGAAAUAACACUGGACAAUAGUUUCGAUGAUGAUAUGAACGAUGAAACAAACCCUACUCAACCGUCCAACAGAAUGCUGGCUUCGUCCGCUGCAGAAUCUCUGGUUGAAAUGGCGGCAUACCGAAUCGAUCUCGAGCCUUCCAAAGUGAAAUUUCUUCAGCAUAUCAUGAAAAAAGAACUGAUCACGGAAGUCUGGCAGCUUCACUACAUGGACUCUGCAAAUUGGCGAGAAAUGGGUUUUCCAAUUGGGUUGGUAGCUUCAAUUCGAAGACUGAUGCAUGAAAAAGACAUGACAGAGAGCGGCAGGAAACCUUUCAAAAAAGAAUACGACUGUAUCAGUGGCUUCAAUAAUGAUGAGCUCAGAAGUCAUGUCUUCAAGGGAAUGCCAAGCCACACAGCAAAUAUGGCAGGCUUCAAGACUGAUGAUGAUUAUGACGAUGGCGAGUCAGUGGCAACUGAGCCUGGAACACCAAUUGAAGUUCCCCAGAAGCGUGGUGCUAGUGCCAAGAUGAAACGGAUAUCAGACAUCACCCUUUCUGAACGCCUAUCUAACCGCCUUCUGAUAUCACCGUACGGUCCAAAGCAAAAACUUGACAGUUCCAAUACCGACAGUCCGCAGACUAUCAAGGCGUCAUCGUCCAUCAAGGACCAACCACCCGUUUCGGCGCCUCGGCGUUCCUCAAAGAAAGGAGUCCAUGCAGGCACCCAUUCACCAGCACUAUCUCCCAUAAGAACGAAUCAGAAUAAAACAGAGGGUCAGGUACCUUGCUUGCGGACAAGCAUGCCAGUUCGUCCAUUGCGACGUCCAACUAUCCAUGAUAGACCCGAUAUGAAGUUUGAUCUUGACGACCUAUCGGACACCGGAUCUUUCUCCAUGGAAAGUGUGGGGCUGAUCAUAGCCGAAUCCAAAGGACGAGAACAAAAGGUGGGCAUUGAUGCUAGCAUGAGGGUCGUAAACGGAAGUUUCGAGGAUAUCAGGGACUUGUUUGUUGAAGGUGCAGAGUCUACUAUUGACGAGGUAGGUGAAAGCGAAAGCAAGUUUAGUGACGACUCUAAAGAUGGGCAGGAUCCCUCCAUGUCCACCAGAAGCUCGACUCUACACAAUAAUGGCAGACUACUACAGAAUGUAUGGAAGUGCUGA